AUGCAUGCAUAUAGAGAAGAAAUCCUAACUCCUAAACCCCCACCAAUUAUUAGAAAUGCAGGUUGUUUUAUUGAAACAUUAUAUGACUAUAAAUUUAUUAGUAAUGAAGAUGCCAAAAGACUUCCAACACUAGCUGAGUUAGAGAAUCAAUUAGAAAAAAAGAAUAAAAUACACAAAGAAGGGUUAAUAUUCAUCUCACAGGACGAAAUUCAAGGGGGUGAGGAUGAUCCAAAGGAUCUAGAUAAAAAAUUUGCAGGAGUUCCGAGCAAUGAAUUCAUAAAUAUAUUAUUAUCAGCUAAAAGCGAAAAAGAAGUCGCAAAGAAAGUAAAAGAGGAAUACAAGGCAGAAGACAAAGGAAGUCCGGAAUGGAAAGAAUAUAUAAAAACUGUUUUUGAGAAAAAGGAAAUAUAUGAAGCUGGAAUGACUAAAGAGCGUAUCAAGAAGAUUUUAAAUGCAAUAGAUGAUGAUAGGUUUCUUAUAAGAGUAAAAUUUGUUAGAGACAAUUCUUCUAAUGAUGGAAGAUAUAACUAUGCAUUUAAAAUCAUUGAUAAAUACCAGCCUAUUCAAGAAUCAAAGAGGGCUGGUAAGAAAUUAGUUCCAGGAGGUCUAAAUGUUAUCCUUACAAAGAAAACUAAGCCAAGCUUCUGGGUAGGAAUUGACGGGAAAUUUUUAGUUAGGAUUAUUCAAGGUGAAAAAUUAUCAGAAUAUAUUGAACUUAAUGCAAAUGCAGUUGUAUAUGAGUUCAAAAGAGAGUAUGGGCUUACCAGUACAUAUAAACAAAAAAUUAGCAUAUGGGAAAAAAGAAUACGCCAACCUGAUGCUCAAGUAGAGGAUGUAGCAGAAUUGGAAAAAAUACUUAAGAGGUCAAUCAAGUUGCUUGAUAUUCCUCAAGAGACUAUUUUUAAUAGUGUCAAAUAUCGAACAGUUGAGUAUUAUAACGGAAACGCAUGGAAAACCAUCAAUAAAGCUCUUCAAGAAGAUGGUCGUACAUUUAGGACAUGGAUGAAGUAUAUAGAUAUAAUCAAAGCAUGUAAGAAAUUAUUUGAGGAUGCAGUAGACUGGCAAUUUCAGGAAGGAAUAAUUAAUAAAGAAAGAAAGCAGGAAUCCCUAGAAUCGCUUAAAAUAGUUGAGUUAGCGGAACAGGUAUUUGGGGCAAACCAUGCUGGAAGCAAACUUGCUAGUGAAAUCAAUGAUUGGCAUCCUACUCUGACUAGUAUGCAUAAAAAUAUAAAGCAAUCUUGUGUUGAACAUGGGCAUGGAGAAUGCUGGAAUGCAUCUAAUUAUCAAGUCGAAGAUCAAUUUCUGUCUAGUAUGGAAAACAUUUUGCUUGUCGAAGUGGUGAAGGAUAUGGGAAAACAAAAAAUUGAAUACCUAUUGUACUUCUACGAUAUCUUUUCAAAGCAGGAUAUCAGUUGCGCAAUCAUAGGAAAGUUCACACAAGGAAAUAAAGUUGAAGAAAAAUGUCUUACUCACUGGAUUAUAAUAGACGAAGGUGAACUUGAUUUCUUAAUUCAGAAUUGCAUUAAAGAGGGAACAUAUGCAGCUAAGCAAAAGACCAGCCGUUUAGGCGCUUUGCAAAGCAGUCAAUCUAGAAAUUCAGCAGAUAACAAUCCUUGGAAAAAUACCAAUAGAGUUGUUACUAAAAAGACUGAAUUCACUAACUUAGACAUAAAUAAGGUAUCAGAACCAAUUCGAGAAAUUCAGCCUGGCCAAUGGUGUGAUAAAGGAGAGAAAAUUCAUGACCCAGACCCAAACGUUGUAUAUUGGCCAAAAAAUAGGCAUUGGGAAUCGAUUAAAAAUAUUACUGAAAGUACUGCUCCAUCAAUUCGUGAUCCUAUUACAAGGUGGAAUAGUGUAGGAGAGCAGACUUCUGAACGUAUGGAAGAAAAGAUAUUUCCACAAGUAGUUAUCUGGGAUGAGUCAGACCUAUUCUGUGAAACACUUCCGGUCACAGAAAAAUGGGAAUAUCUUGAAGCUGAAUGGAAGCCAUCAGAUCAUAUGUUAGCAGAUAAAAAAGUAAUAGAUUGGGAACUUGAAUAUGCUAUAACUAUUCACACUAGUCAAGGAAUGACCCUUAAAGCUUCACAGUGUGUUUGGGUCAUUGAUGAAAACCUAGCCUGGGAUAACCUAAUAUAUUUAGCAGUUGGUCGUGUGGAAUAUUUAAGCCAACUCAUUUGGGUUGAAACACCUUCAUUACCUCCUAAAAUUGCCUAA